AUGGACAUAACAAGGGCCUGUACCACAGCCCAUUCUCCCGUCAGAGGAUUAAGGGUUCCUGCCGGCCUGGCCGAGUCUACGAUCGAACAAACCGCAUCCCUGACAAAACUCCCGGUCGAGCUCAUCCUCACCAUCUUCGACGCGCUGACAUCCGACCCAAUAGCGCAGAUUACGCUUGCGAUGACCUGCAGAAAAAUGCUCGCCGUCUCAUCCACGGCAACAAUCCGCGCAUGCUGCCUGCCCCCAGGCUCCGUCCACCGUGGCCUCCUCCUCUGCUACAUCCAUCCGCGGACGACCGACGCCAGUUCCAGGACCAGCUCCACGCUCUGCACAGUUACCAGCAGCGAUACAAACACCCUAGCCGUCCCACCAGCAUGGUACAAGAUCGAAGUGAGCACAGCGAACCUCUCGCCUGAGUGGCACAUCUGCGGGCCCUGCGGCAAGCUGCGUCCCACGAGGGCCAAUUACUGGGAAGAGAGGAGAAGACAGCACGACUUCGUGUCCGGCUGUGGUUACGAGCCGAUCUGGCAUAGGGCCGCUGCGCAGUUUUGCAUGAAGAGGGGUGGGCCUCAUACCAAGUGUCCAGAGUGCGAGGUCGCUGCGUUUGGGGGUUUGCGGCGUGGAGUCCCGGGGAGGAGGGCUCCUGCCGGUGGGUUUCAGAACUUGACGUGGAGGGAUUGUCGGGCGAGGGGUUCCUAG